UGAUGCCAGCUUGCUGCCGUUCGGCGCUGUUCAUGGAAGCCAAAUUUUGCACCCCUGCAGCGGCGCCCGUGGUAGGGGCAGCCUGACAACUCGACGAAGAAUACUGCUCGCUGCGCUGCAGUACUUUGCGCAUUAACUUCCAUUUGGGUGCGAGGCUAGCAUCAUAUCGGUACCGCGACCCCACGGCGGCACAGGAGCGGGAUUAACAGGUGAUUCCACCCGCGACGAUGCGCCGCCACGCCGCGGCCAUGCUGCUCCUCAUGCACGAAGCCCAGGCCGGCUGCGAGGGCAACUGCGCGGCCCCGAUCAAUGUGACGUGCGGCUCCGUCUUAGUGGUGGGAGACAGCACAACUGACGAGUACAUGCCCGAGCUGCGCGCCCUGCUGGCGAAUCUGGGCGUGGGCCAUAUAUAUAUAGCCCACUCCGCGUCUGAUGGUGAAUGCGGCUCGAGUUUUGGAUUAAAGAGCUGCAUUGAGCCUUACCUCCAAUAUCAUUGGUCGGUCAUUGUUAUAGGAUGGGCGCAUAGAGAUAUUAAACCGAAUAGUUACGGCGUCGUGACGGUGUCCGAGUACCGGAAUAAUUUGUGGGAGACGUAUACAUCACUAAAAGGGAGCCUGGCGCCGGGCGGCUCCAUGGUGUUUAUGACGGCCGUGCCGGUCGGCGCGUCCUACGAGCAAAGAGAUAAUGAGGACGCGAAGGAACUCAAUGACGAGGCCCUGCGACUCUUUGAACAUGAGGACAUGACGAUUGUUGAUCAUUACGAUAGGAUCGUGGAGACGUGCCGGCGCGACCCCGGCUUAUCUUGUUACCCCGAGACCUGCGACUGCGCGCGGCUUCAAAGUGAUGGCGUCCACGGUACGAGUGAAGGGCGCUGGCACAAGGCCGUCGCGGUCGCGGACGCCGUCGUCUCACAUUACGUGCCGACCGAUUUUAGUGAUGACUGCUCGCCGGCCGUGACGAACCCAAAAAUCUACGACGACCGGCCGGGCGGCGAGCUGGCCCUGGGGAGUCGCCUGGUGCUCUGCCUCGCCGCGAUCGGCGCGUUGAUCGUGCUGAACGCGUGCCUCGUCGUCGCGCUGUGUCGCCGCCGCCGGAAGGCGUCCGAAGGAGUCACGCCGACCGUGCGGCCGACGUCGCCUAGCCUCUGAGCUAAUGUGUGUUCGUAGUUA